AUGGCAACAGACGGUUCAUCCCUAGAAAUGCACUCACACACCUAUCAAGAGCUGAAAGAAUCAUCGUGGACUUGCAAGAAUUGCGGCGUUCUGAACAGCUUUGUGCCUGUCGCCCAACAGCCUGUGGGUCUGUUGAUAUGCGACAGUUGUCACAAGCCCGCGGAAGCAGGAACUCAAGUAUUUUCCAACAUACUCGAGAUACUCCCGGACUGCAUCGAGGAGCAGACGCUACCUCAUCCUGGCAGCAAGCGCUCCACCGGGAACAAGUCGGAGAAGCGUAAGCAGAAACCCGAAGGACUUGUUCCUCAUCUCGCCACCUUCCACUUCAGCACUUCUGUGUGCAAAUUCUGCGUACACAAGUGCUGCGAGAACUGUCUGAGGUUUCGACUGCGAGAGAAGGGGAUAUCCGCUUCCGCGGCCAAGACGGCGGAUCUCGUCGAGGAAGUCAUACCUCUAACUGCGGCCGACCUUGGCGGAUAUCUCUCCCGCUUUCCUCUGAACGAUGUUCGCGGUCUGAGAGUCCAGACCCAACCUGAAGCCGCUCAAACAGCCUCUCAUCAGGCCCCUCCAGUGAGUCCAGUAUCCGCAAAACUCAUUCUUGACAACCCUAUUGUUCUCUCACCAGAUCUCAUCGACGCGGCAAGCAUCACCUCGGUGGACUCUGAAGUAGAGUAUGGCGUUGCUGUGGAGCGCAAACUCGUCAAGGUCUCGACACCGCCCGUCCUCUAUCGACGCCCAACGAAGGAAUGGGUAAGCAAGGCCACUGUUGCGGUUCAGACGCCGUCGAACUCGCUUCCAGAGACGAAGCGGCGAACGGUCCACGAUCAAAAGGAAGAUGAGGAGAAAGCGCUGAAGGAGUCAACAGACGCUAUGGUUAACGGCUUGCUCAGACUUGGAUUCCUUUAG